GUGCUAUUAUUUUACCAAGAAAAACUCCAUCAUUUUAUAGUGCAAAUUCGUGUGCAUGGUUUUGCCAUUGCAACACCUUACUAUAACAAUUCAUUGAUACCUCUGGUUCUGAGAAGUGCAUGAAGUAAGAGAGAGACUCUGAGAGCGAAAAGUUGAAGUUGAAGUUUCACCAGGGUAUACACACACAAGCAUGUCCCUUGCAUCUUCAACCCUCUCUUGUGCAUUCCCUGUGAAACAAACCUCCGAGGACACGUUUGUCUCAACUAUGCUUCAAUGGCUGAGAUAUAUUUUUCUCACACCUUGUCCUCAAAGAGCUAUAUUGUCUUUCGUUGAUGUCGUGCUCCUCGUGUUUCUCUUCGUGUUUGCUGCCACCAAGCUCUGGAAAAGGUCCACCUUCAAUGGUGGCUCCAAUACCGACCUCAGCAGACCAUUCAUCAGAAAGAACAGACCCGUUUUCUCAAUAACUGUGCGGUUUAAGUUAACCAUAACUGUAGUGGUUGUUUUGACUAUACUCUACACGGUUGCUUCUGUUCUUACGUUUAGCAGUUCCGCCAUGGCGCCGUGGAAGCAGGUUGACGAGGUGUUUUGGUUAGUCCAAGCCAUAACACAUGCUGUGCUUGCAUUCUUCAUAAUCCACGAGAAAAGGUUUCAGGUCGUUGCACACCCUCUAUCCGUUCGAGUUUAUUGGAUUGUAUCUUUCUUUGUCAUUUCUUUGUUCACUGUUUCUGCGGUUAUACGUUUGGUCUCGGGGGACGUGGAUGAAGCCUUCGGCUUCGGGGUGGACGAGGUGGUCUCUUUCAUUUCGUUCCCGCUGUCGUUAUUUCUUCUUUUUGUGGCGGUUAAAGGAUCCACCGGCAUUGUUUUGGCUACAGAAGAAACACGACCACUUGUGGAUGGAAAAGCUAAGUUGCAUGAUGGUACUGAGAGAAAAUCCGAGGUUACUGGUUUUGCUUCAGCUUCUCUAUUAUCCAAGGCUUUUUGGAUUUGGAUAAACCCCUUACUGAGUAAAGGGUACAAGUCCGUGCUGAAGAUUGAUGAGAUUCCAACGCUUUCUCCGGAGCAUAGAGCUGAGAGAAUGUCAUCCAUUUUUGAAUCUAAAUGGCCUAUGUCAAACGAGACAUCAAAGCAUCCUGUUAUAAUGACUUUGCUUCGGUGCUUUUGGAAGGAGUUAGUCUUCAAUGCCGUGCUUGCAAUCAUUAGGCUCUGUGUCAUGUUUGUGGGGCCGAUUCUGAUACAAAGUUUUGUGGAUUUCACAUCAGGGAAGAGAAGCUCUGAAUAUGAAGGAUACUACCUCGUGUUGAUUCUUUUCGUUGCUAAGUUCAUUGAAGUCAUGGCUACUCAUCAUUUCAACUUCCAAGCUCAAAAACUUGGGAUGCUCAUACGCUCCACUCUUAUCUCCUCUUUGUAUAGAAAGGGGUUAAAGCUAUCAUUCUCUUCUCGGAAGGAACAUGGAGUUGGGACAAUUGUGAAUUACAUGGCUGUGGAUACCCAGCAACUCUCUGACAUGAUGCUCCAGUUACACGCUGUGUGGAUGAUGCCACUCCAAGUUGGUAUUGGCUUGGUUCUGCUUUACAAUUGUUUAGGUGUCUCAGUUAUAGGCGCGUUUCUUGCUCUGCUUGGUGUUUUUGUCUAUUCUGUGAUGGGCAACCAAAGAAACAACAAGUUCCAACAAAAUCUGAUGGUGAGCCGGGACUCCAAAAUGAAAGCUGUGAAUGAGAUGCUUAGCUACAUGCGUGUGAUCAAGUAUCAGGCCUGGGAGGAACAUUUCAAUCAGAGAAUUUUGGGUUUCCGUGAAACGGAGUAUGGGUGGCUCUCCAAGCUGCUGUUCUCAAUUUGUGGCACAAUUGUUGUGUUGUGGAGCACACCGUUUUUGGCGUCAACUCUUACAUUUGGAACGGCUAUUUUGUUGGGAGUUCAACUUGAUGCAGGCACAGUGUUCACUACAACAGCUGUGUUCAGGAUAUUGCAGGAGCCUAUUAGGACAUUCCCACAGUCUAUGAUAUCUCUUUCACAAGCAAGGAUAUCACUGGAGAGGUUAGACAGGUUCAUGUUGAGCGGAGAAUUGUCAAAUGAUUCAGUUGAGAGAGAGGACGGAUGUGGUGGACAGACAGCCGUGGAAAUCAUACAUGGAACUUUUAGUUGGGAUGAUGAUAAUACUCAGCAGGACUUGAAAAAUAUCAAUUUGAAAAUUAAAAAGGGUGAGCUUACAGCAAUUGUUGGGACCGUAGGGUCAGGAAAGUCGUCCCUUCUUGCAUCAAUUCUUGGAGAGAUGCACAAGAUUUCUGGAAAGGUUCGGGUUUUUGGGAGUGUUGCUUAUGUUGCACAGACAUGUUGGAUUCAAAAUGGGACCAUUGAAGAAAACAUUCUCUUCGGUUUACCUAUGGACAGAGAGAGGUAUGAUGAAGUUAUCAGGGUGUGCUGUUUGGAGAAAGAUUUGGAAAUGAUGGAUUAUGGGGAUCAGACAGAAAUUGGAGAACGUGGUAUCAACCUAAGCGGAGGCCAGAAGCAGCGUAUACAACUUGCCAGGGCAGUGUAUCAAGACUAUGAUGUAUAUCUUCUUGAUGAUGUUUUCAGUGCUGUUGAUGCUCAUACUGGUUCUGAAAUAUUUAAGGAAUGCGUGAGGGGAGCUCUAAGAGGCAAGACCACUAUUCUUGUAACACAUCAAGUAGAUUUCUUACGUAAUGUGGAUCGUAUAUUAGUGACGAGGGACGGUAAGAUAGUUCAAUCAGGGAAAUAUGAUGAUCUAUUAGAGUCUGGAAUGGAUUUUAAAGCUCUCGUCGUUGCGCAUGAGAGCUCCAUGGAAUUAGUGGAGCACAGUAUGGUCAUGCCAGGUGAAAAUCUGAACAGACCAACGAUGGCUCUAGAGACAGCUUCAAUUAACAGGGGAACCAAUGGUGAAAACAAUUCUAUUGAUAAGCCUAAGUGUGGCAAGAAAAGCUCUAAACUCGUCCAAGAAGAGGAGAGAGCAACUGGAAAAGUGAGCUUACGUAUGUAUAAACUCUAUUGCACUGAGGCGUUUGGGUGGUGGGGCAUUACAAUAGUAUUGGUCCUGUCUUUGUUAUGGCAAGUGUCUUUGAUGGCAAGUGAUUAUUGGUUGGCAUAUGAAACCUCAGAAGAACGUGCUAAAUUGUUUAACCCUUCUCUGUUCAUCUACGUCUAUGCAAUUAUUGCUGUUGUUUCCAGUGUUUUGUUAGUGGCAAGAUCCUACUUCUUUACUCUCAUGGGGCUAAGGACAGCACAAUUAUUCUUCACACAAAUUCUUCAUAGCAUCUUGCAUGCGCCCAUGUCUUUCUUUGACACCACACCAUCUGGAAGAAUUCUAAGUAGGGCAUCCACUGAUCAAGCCAAUCUUGAUGUCCUUCUACCCUUAUAUAUGGGAGCUAUUAUAAUCAUGCACUUAUCGAUGCUCGGCAUCUUCAUCAUAACCUGUCAAAAUUCUUGGCCAACGCUGAUUUUGAUAAUUCCUCUUGUCUGGUUAAAUAUGUGGUACCGGGGUUACUAUCUUGCAUCAUCUCGGGAAUUUACUCGCAUGGAUUCAAUUACCAAAGCCCCAGUUAUUCAUCACUUCUCUGAAAGCAUUGCAGGGGUCAUGACAAUCCGUUCAUUCAGAAAGCAAAAGAUAUUCUGUGAUGAAAAUCUGAAACGGGUGAAUGGUAAUUUGAGAAUAGAUUUCCACAACUAUAGUUGUAAUGAGUGGUUGGGAUUUCGCUUAGAAUUGAUUGGAAGCUUUGUCUUUUGCAUUUCUGCCAUGUUCAUGAUCAUCUUACCCAGCAAUAUCAUAAAGCCAGAAAAUGUCGGUUUAUCUCUCUCUUAUGGGUUGUCCUUAAACACUGUCUUGUUCUGGGCCGUAUACAUGAGUUGUUUCAUCGAAAACAAGAUGGUGUCUGUUGAGAGGAUAAAGCAGUUUACAAAUAUUCCAUCGGAACCAGCAUGGAAUAUCAAGGAUCACCUACCUCCUUCAAAUUGGCCCGGUCAAGGCAAUGUAGAUAUCAGAGACUUGCAGGUCAGAUAUCGUCCAAAUACUCCUCUGGUGCUCAAAGGCAUUACUUUAAGCAUUACCGGAGGUGAAAAAGUUGGUGUUGUGGGUCGAACUGGGAGUGGAAAGUCAACUUUAAUUCAAGUAUUAUUUAGGCUGGUGGAACCUUCGGGAGGGAAAAUAGUGGUUGACGGUAUUGACAUAUCCAUCUUGGGACUUCACGAUCUUAGAUCACGGUUUGGCAUCAUUCCUCAGGAGCCUGUGCUUUUUGAAGGAACUGUCAGAAGCAACAUUGAUCCAAUUGGACAACAUACAGAUGAAGAAAUAUGGAAGAGCUUGGAGCGUUGUCAGCUAAAAGAUGUUGUUGCCGCUAAGCCGGAAAAACUUGACUCUUCAGUGGUGGAAAACGGAGAGAACUGGAGUGUGGGGCAAAGACAGUUGCUUUGUCUAGGGCGUGUUAUACUUAAGAAAAGCCGACUUUUGUUUAUGGAUGAGGCAACAGCUUCUGUUGAUUCUCAAACUGAUGGUGUUAUUCAGAAGAUCAUAAGAGAGGAGUUUGCAGUAUGCACCAUCAUCAGCAUUGCUCACAGAAUACCCACAGUCAUGGACUGUAACAGAGUUUUAGUUGUAGACGCAGGGCGAGCGAAAGAAUUUGAUAAACCUUCCAAUUUGCUUCAGAGAGAAUCUCUGUUUGGGGCAUUAGUUCAAGAAUAUGCCAACCGAUCCAGUGGACUAUAAGAAAUUAAGAAUCUCUGGUGCUUCUCCUUUGCAUGGCUGCCUCCAGCACCCAUAUAUCAGUGACAAAUAAAACAUGGUCUUCCUCUUAUUUUGUUCGAUCUAGGAUUAUCCAUGCAUAGGAAAUGAUCAUGACAAAGAAUGUCAGAAAAUUGAUGUGUUGAGUGGGUUCAAUAUUCCAAUAAUGUUAUAUAUUUUUUAAUGAAGCAUAUAUGAAUCACCUUUACUUCUGAGCACACAAAAACACUUAUCAUUUCUUACUGACAUUUUUUUGUUUCAUCUCAUCAAAUCACCUAUAAUUAGGGUUGUUCAUAGUUUAUAGGUUAGAAGAAAAAAUCAAUCUGAA